CUUCCGGUUACCUCAAUGGCACAUGUUAUGAUGUUUCCAGCGGCCCGUUUCAAGUGUUGUUGUAUGCCUACGGAUAUUGAAAAAAACCUUACUGAUGAAGGAAUAUGAUGAUACGAUGGAUACUUGGAGCCACUGCUAGGAGCAUGAGCAUCUUGAGUCCUAAGCUUGUACUUGGCUGCCUCGAGCGUCGCCCACCCUUGAUCCACGUCGUGAUGUUCAAUUAUAACCGAAAAGCAACUUAUGAUCAAUUACUACACUUUCAGCUUAGAACACUACAUCAAUGUAAACGUAGAACCAGUGCUGAACAAAAUGGCUCACUUUCGUUUGGAAAAGUUUCACCCGACAUUGCAUAUUGGGCAAAUGGGAUUCUUCCAGUAUACCAGAAUUCGGAUUUCAACUUUCAAAACUUGAAACUUUACGAGAAAAACACCAUCAAGGAUUUUGGUUCCUUAACUUAUAGAGAUGUGUUUAGUAGGGUGCGAUAUCUAGUUGUACAACAAUAUAUAUGCCAUGACCUCCUAAAACAUAUUCUCGCGGAUGCUACUGAAACAUUCCACACACAUUCCUGGAGUCCAGACUCCAUAGCUCAAAUAAUGUAUUGUGCUUUUGUUGUUGGCAAUAUGGAAAUGAGUUUAUUUAAGGACAUUGAAAUACAUAUGCUUUCAGACAGCCAGAUAUACAAUGCCAAACAGAAUAUCAUGCUGUUGAAGGCAUGCAUUAGAUGCAGGAAAAAUUUCAGUGUGAUUCUUCUCCAGAAAAUAUGGGACUCAUUUAACAGUUUUAACUUUGGCCUGUGUUACCCUAAAGAGGCCCGGUUUCUUCAGAGUGCUUUUAUAUCAUAUAUGGCUUGUCUUCCCUUGAAGGAGUUUGAGAAAGUGUUUCAGGAUGAAGAGUUUUUGUUGUUGGCUUUCGAAUAUACCAAGAGAAUAAUGGAAGAGGCAGAUACUAUUGAGAUGUCUGAAAUAUGCUGUUACAUAAAACUUUUAAAACGUGCCAGGUUUUACCAUAGACCUCUAUUAGAUAAAGUAGUCUGGUAUAUCAACAGAGAACAAAUGGGAAAGAGACUUAGAGAUGACAGAAAUUUGAGAGUACGAAGGAAAGAUUUGGCUAACAUUUGCUGGGCUUUGGCAUCUAGUGGUAUGAAAGGAAAGAAUGUGCGCCUGUGCUUUGAGAAUCUACAACAGAUGUAUGAUCAACACUCGAGUGAAGACAAAAUCAACUCCUAUAUUGUCACUUCAAAUGGUCCUGGAGAACAUGAGAACCAUGAACUGAAGAAUAUUGACAUGAGCAGGAUGAUCAUGUUAGCAGCGUAUACUGUAGCUGGCAUAUUUCAUUACGAUUUGAUUGACAGUGUUCUCCGUGAUGAAAUAGCCGAGAACUGCCUGGUUAAUAGUCGUCUAGAUCCUUUGAUGACACAAACAGAACGCCUCCUGUUGAUUCAAGCUUGUGUGGAUUUGGAAUGUCCAGAUUACAAAGGAAGCAAGCUUUCCCCGGCUAUGGUGGAAACCCUGAGGACAGAAUACAACCUACACAACAGGUUACCUCCAAUCCCAUUUAAAACCAGGGCCACUCACAGUGCGAUUAAGAAGAUAUUUCCAGAGGAGGAAAAUGUUUUCCACUUCAACGACCGUUUAUUGUGUCUAGAUGAUGUGGUCGACUUCCGUUACGACAAGGAGAAAGGCUUUGUACCCUUCACUCCUAUGUCUCACGAAGAACUACAGCUUGACACUGAGUCAACAACCAAACGGAUUGCUAUCGUAGUUGCCCGUGCCAAUCGAGUAUCUGUCAACGGUGGGAAAUGUUUGGGCUGGUUUCUGCUACAGCUUCGGUUACUGAAGAAACUGAAGUACACAGUCAUUCGGAUUCCAUACAAGGUCAUGUCUAAGAAAGAAGUCCAUCAGUUGAUAGUUAAAGAACUGAAUGGAGUUCUUACUGGGAAAAGCUUUAGAGACUUCAGAAACUCCGCUCAGAGAGACUCUGAACCUGGAGAUUCUUUGUUCUUGGAGAUGAUUCCAGACAUUGAGACAAAGAGCAGAGAAGACAUUUUGAAAAAACUGUGUAAAAGUUAGCUUUUGUCAUUUCUUAGUAUUGAAAUAUCAUCUCUCCAUUUGUGUGCUAUUCUUCAUUUGUCUUCGUCUUUCCAAUCAAACUGGACCAAAGAUGAUGAUCCAAGGAAAGGCCAUGCCAUUAGUAUUGCAAAGGAUCAUUCUGUUAACUCAUUCACCCCUGAAAUUUCAUAAUGCACUAUUCCAACCUUUGAUCUGGAAGAGUUCAAAUGUGUCUUCAGGGGUGAAUGAGUUACGCUUGCUUGUCUAUGAGCUGUGCUGUACUAGUCAUUUUUAAAGGUGGACAUUGUCAACCAUAUCGUGUGGACAGAACGACACAACUUCUACCUACCAUGUGACAUGCAAAAUUAAAAUCAGUGUCACUUUCGCAAAAAGGUUAGAUGCCUAGUAUGUAUGAUGUCAAAAGGUUGUGAAUGUUUUCUAUUGGAAACUUUUCAGUAAAACCGUCACACUUUUUGAGCAAUAUUUUACCAAUCUUGUCGUGAUGUGUGAUUCAAACUUCGAUAGGAAUUUCCAUAUAGUGUCCAAUCAACAUUUUUUACCGAAUUGAAAUAUUAACCGUAGAUAACGUGGCCACAAGCAGUGGAUCAAAUUGUUUAAAAAGUAUCAUUAACAAAAGAAACAGAGCACAUAGACUCUUUUUUUCUAUGAUGUUUUGAAUUAUAAUAUAAGGAUUGAAUUGCCAACUCUUACUGUUUAUGAUGAUAUGAAACUCAUUUGCUUGCAAACAUAUUCUUAAACAUGCCACUGUGCUAACAGUAUUGUGGAAUAUGUAAGAACGAAGCUGGGUUUUAUACCAUAAGAUAUGGUGAGAACAUGUUUUUUUUAUCUUUAAGGAUGCCCGUACCACUGGCGAACCUGUAAAAUGUUGGAGACUUGUGUUUUUUGACAUGACUGUAGCUUUGAUAAAUCAUUUCUAAAAAGAAAGCUAUGCCUUAUUAGGUUACUUUCAUGAGAAAUAAAUAAAGACAAAAAAAACCACCAAAAUAUAAUUAAUAACAGUGUUUUGAGUGAAAAAAAACCCCAGCAGGGCUAGAGUGGGAUUCCAACCCUGGACUUCAGAUUGAUAUAAACUGUCUCGUUAACUGAUUGAGCUACCUGGACAAUGGAAGUGUCUAUGCCCAACUGUGCUACAGUUUUCUGUAUAUGGAAAUUAAGGGGGGAUUACUGUGUAUUGAAAAAGACGAAGUGCAUAGGGACAGGGAUCAAUAAAUACAUAUUUAUUGAGGUUACUUUAAGUUUUUGCUUAACCCUUUCACCACUGUAGACCAUAAUGGACUCAUCCAGAUCAAUGCGUGGUAGAGUCUACUAAAGUUACCCAGGGGUGAAAGGGCUAAAGUCAUGUAAUUCAUAGAAUGUUUACAAAUCAAAUUUUCAUGCUUAGUUUUUCCUCAGUCAUUGUAAAGUUUAAAUCUUUUA